AUGCGGCCGCAGAGUGAUGACAGGAGGCAUGGGGAUCCAGGGAAUCCAGACAACGAUGAGGCGUUUGUGGAUCCAACAGACCUGGACAAUCCUGUCACACCCAAGCUGCCGCCGUUCCAAUUGCGCCUGAAAGUGAAUGAUGCGAGCGCGGCUCUCAAAAAAGAGGAUGGCUCUUUUCUCGGCGAGUUGCUUUACCUGUUCGUGCCGGAGAGUGACAGCUUGGACAGCGUUGCCUCGGGAAUCGUGAACGACCUACCGCCAGCGCUGGAGCAGGCAGGUGUGAAAUGUAUACUCGCAAAGGAUGGCACGGAUGGAGAGACCAUUCGCUUGAUGAUGGAAAUAACAGGCUAUGAGCUGAGUGCCUUCCUUCCCAACCAGACCAGCCAGGAGAUGGAAUCUGCCUUGUCAGCGCUGCCGCCGUUGGUGGCACCUCUGGGGGCGCAGAAACAGUAUGAUGCUGUGCACCAGAAAGUGAAGGAGUUCUUUGAGAUCAAGUGGAUGCACAAAAUCCCGAAGAUCUUGAACAAGCAUCUCCUGAAGAUGGGGGUGGAUGCGGACACCUCCGUUGAGCCCCCUCCACCGUCUUUGCCGAAGCCAGACAAGCUGCCUGCGCCAGACGGCCUCAAGCUCUUCCUCAGGGUGGAGCUGCCGAGCAGGCUUGAUAUGGGCAAAGCUGCGGACUCGAGCCUGACAGAGGAAGGCAUCAAGAACAUGAGCCAAGCCAAUUUCCUUCGAUUGAUCCGUCCGAAGCUGGAGGAGCACGUCGCCAGAGCAAUCCGCGUCGCUUGCCGUGAUUGCACCGGAUACGUGACAGUUCUCAGUUCAUUCAGUGGCCGCAAGUACAUGGAGAGCACAGCUUGA